GUCAGUUGAGACAAACACAUUCAAGAAUACCAUUCACAACUUACAUUUAUUUUGUAUUAACAGAAUGGGGCUUCAGUCCCUUUGUGGUAGAGUCCUUCUGGGACUGACCCUGUCUUUACUACUCUCUAGUUUCUGCAUUGCUGAUGACAAGACAAUUAAGGUGGUUGGUUUUGGAGAAUGUGCUGAUUGCAAGGAGAAUAACAUUAACACUAUUCAUGCUCUAUCAGGACUUCAUGUAAGCAUUGACUGCAAGCUUGAAAAUGGAGAAAUCAAAACAAGGGGUGAAGGAGAGCUUGACCAAGAUGGCAAGUUUGAAGUGUCACUUCCUAAGGAGAUGAUGAAAGAUGGCAAGCUGAAAGAGGAAUGCUAUGCACAGUUACACAGUGCAUCAGCUGCACCAUGUCCAGCACACAAUGGCAUUGAAUCAUCCAAGAUUAUUACUAUCAAAACUGAUGGAAAACAUACAUUGAAACCAGCUGGAAAUCUUAAGUUCUCAACACCCUUGUGCACUUCUGCUUUCUUGUGGCCUUACUUCAAGUACCCACCAUUGCCACAGUUGCCACCUUUCCCAAAAGAUCAUCCUUGGAUGAAGAAGUUCCCUAAGUUGCCACCUUUCCCAAAAGAUCAUCCUUGGAUGAAGAAGUUCCCUAAGUUGCCACCAUUUCCACCAAUGCCACCAUUGAAACACUGGGGCCACCCUUUCCCUCUUCCACCUAUUCCUCCCCUUUUUAAAAAGCCAUGUCCACCACCACUAGUAAAGCCACUUCCUCCUCCAGUUCCCGUUUACAACCCAACACCAAAGCCCACACCAGAGCCACCAGUAGUAAAGCCACUUCCUCCUCCAGUUCCCGUUUACAACCCAACACCAAAGCCCACACCAGAGCCACCAGUAGUAAAGCCACUUCCUCCUCCCGUUCCUGUUUACAAACCAAAGCCAAAGCCUCCUCCAGUUCCCGUCUACAAGCCCAAGCCUAAACCUCCUCCAGUUCCUACUUACAAGCCCAAACCAGAGCCUCCAGUUAAAAAGCCAUGUCCCCCUUCAGUUCCAAAACCAAAGCCUCCUCCAGUUAAAAAACCAUGCCCCCCUAAAGUUCCAACUUACAAACCCAAGCCUAAACCAGAGCCACCAGUAGUAAAGCCACUUCCUCCACCAGUUCCAGUUUACAAGCCACCAGUAGUGAAGCCACUUCCUCCUCCAGUUCCAGUUUACAAGCCACCAGUAGUAAAACCCCUUCCACCACCUGUUCCAAUUUACAAAAAGCCAUGCCCACCAUUUCCACACCUUCCACCAAUAGUGAAGCCACUUCCUCCUCCAGUUCCAAUUUACGUGCCACCAGUAGUAAAACCCCUGCCACCACCCGUUCCAAUUUACGAGCCACCAGUAGUAAAACCCCUGCCACCACCUGUUCCAAUUUACAAGCCACCAUUUUACAAAAAGCCAUGCCCACCACUUCCACCAUUCCCUAAAAUUCCUCCCUUCCACCAUCCUCUCUUCCCUCCACUUCCACCUAAAAUUCCUCACCCAUAGACCAAACAUUAAAUUCAAGAGUUCCUUUGGGUGUAUGUAGGGCUGAAUCUUUUUCUGUUUUAAAACCAUGAAAAUUAUUUGCAAUUUAAUGAAUAAAAUCGACCGCCAAGAGAUAUGAUGCUUGAGAAUGUCAAAGUAAAAGAUCAGAGAAAUAGGGGAGUUAAUUUCACAGUGUUGGUUUGCUUAGUUAAGUUUUCAUGCAAAUGUUUGUAUAUCUUCAAGUGAAUCAUGGUCCGGUAGUGAAUAAUCGUGAUAUGUUGUAUACGUUCAAGAACGGAUCUUUUUAAUUUUCUUGUUUAUUCUCAUUCAUAGACACUUGUAUUACUCAUAUCUUUUUAAUGCAAUGUUUUGUUUU